UCUCGGCCUUGCGCGAGUACCACACGCGCCUCCACCCUCAAAUUCCACGCGCUGCGUUCAGUUAAAUAAAAUCCUCGGAUACCUCUCCGCCGCUUCUGCAUAAACAUUCCGUUCUCAAUGGGACAGUCACCGUCCACCAACGCCGUGCCUACGGCGGACCUCAGCCGCCGCCAGAUUUCUCAGUUGCAUCCAAACACCGAUUCCAAUUUCGCCGAUAACACCCUGCGUCUCUCCGACGAUUGCCUGGCCGUAAUCUUUAAUUUCCUGAGCACCACCGAUCGGAAACGGUGCUCCCUCGUGUGCCGCCGGUGGUGCCGCGUCGACGGCCAACGGCGGCAUCGGCUCUCCCUGCACGCUCAGCCGGAAUUGCUGGACUUCGUCCCUUCCCUAUUUAACCGAUUCGACUCGGUCACGAAACUCGCGCUACGAUGCGACCGAAAGACCGCGAGCAUAAACGACGACGCUUUGAUUCUGAUCUCGCUCCGGUGCCGGAACCUGACGCGCCUGAAGCUGCGUGGGUGCCGCGACGUGACGGAAGUUGGAAUGGCCGGCAUCGGCGAUAACUGCAAGGCGCUGAAGAAGCUAUCGUGCGCUUGCUGUUUGUUGGUGAUCGAUCGGUGCGUUACUUUGGAGGAUCUAACGGUGAAGCGUCUCCGUGGGGCCCACGAUGGUGUUAUUGGUGCCGCGGCGGCUUCGUCGUUGAAAUCUUUAUGCCUGAAGGAGCUCGUCAACGGUCAAAGCUUCGCGCCGCUUGUGAUUGGUUCGAAGAAGCUUCGGAGUUUGAAGGUGAUUGGGUGUUUGGGGGAUUGGGAUGAGACUCUGGUUAGGGUUGGGUGUUUUAACGCUGGUUUAGUUGAAGUUCACUUGGAGAAGAUUCAGGUUAGCGAUGUGGGACUUGUUGGCGUGUCUAACUGUCUAGGGUUGGACACUUUGCACGUUGUGAAAACUGCUGAGUGCUCCAAUGUGGGACUUGCCACGGUUGCUGAGAGGUGUAAGUUGUUGAAGAAGGUUCACAUUGAUGGUUGGAGGAUGAAUAGGAUUGGUGAUGAUGGCUUGAUUGCGAUUGCCAAACACUGUCCUAACUUGCAGGAGCUUGUGUUGAUUGGUGUUUAUCCCACUUUUUUGAGCUUGGCGGCCAUUGCUUCCAAUUGUAAGAAUUUGGAGAGGUUGGCUCUUUGUGGGAUUGGAACCGUUGGUGAUGCCGAGAUUGAGUGCAUUGCUGAUAAGUGUGUUGCACUCAAGAAGUUGUGCAUUAAAGGGUGCCCUAUAUCGAAUGCUGGGAUCGGGGCUCUUGCUUCGGGGUGUCCCAAUUUGGUUAAAGUUAAGGUGAAGAAGUGCAGAAAGAUUACUGGUAGAGGGGUAGAGUGGGUGAGAGGACAGAGGGUUUCUUUGAUGUUUAAUUAUGAUGAUAGUGAAGUUGAAGCUUUGGAUGGGAGUGGAAGUGAUGGUGUUGGGGGAGGUCAGGAUAAUAAUACGGUAGAGUUUCAACCAUCCAUCAACCAAACAACCGAGGCUGUGACUGAGGCUGAGGCUCCUUCAAGUAAUAAUAACAACCGAUUGACAAUGAUCAGACCAAGGUUGGGGUUUUUGGCUAAUAGAAAUUUAGUACCGUGUGUCUUCAGAAGGUGGUCUAACAGUGAUAAUGUCUCCAGUACCAGCUUUUCAUGAUGUUAGUAAGAAAUCAAACACAUUCUUGCCUUGUGGGAUGAGAUGAAUUCUCAUGUGGAUUUCCUGUUCUUUGCUUUGUUAUUUUUUGAGUGAUAGUGUUGCUUUGUUAUUUUUUGUUUUCUUAUGAAUAGCUCUAUUUUUGGGUGGAUUUUUCUUAUGAAUAGCUGAUAGCAGCAAUUUUAUUGUUGUUUACUAGAUUUGUCAUUUACCAACCUCUGUAACUUGUAAAGUCUCUCUACUUGUAACAUGUUGGAACACUCAGUGCAGUUUUUUUGAUAAAAAUUGCAGAGUUCACAGAGAAAAAAAAAAAAAAA